AUGUCGAACUCCGCGCGAUCGACGGCGCGGCUGGAGAAGCGGAUGACGGACGCGCUAGCGGCGAGACACAAGACGGUGAAGAAGGUUCCGAAGAACUUCGACGCGUUCGUGCUCAAGUUCCCGCGGAUCAACGCGGGGCUGGAGCUGCUCCGAGAAGUGUACGACAAAAUCGUGCCCGAGGGCAAAGAAGGCAUGACGUUGGACGAGCUGAAGACCGCGCUCGCGCAGCUGGAGGUGACAGUGAGCGAAGAGGAGCUGAAGGCCAUAUUCGAGCAGACGGAGUUGGACACUUCGUAUGGGGAAGGGUCGGACUCUGUUCCAGCAGAGGAGGCAACAGUGGUGUGCUUCAAUGCGUUCGUGCUGUGCCUGGGCAUUGUGUUCUUGCUCGAGUCGGCUGAUAGCGAUCAGCUCCGCGCCCUGCCCCCUUCCCCAUGGGCCAUCCCUCCCCGCCCCGCACAACCUCCCCGCGCCAUCCCCCACCUUCCUCCCCCUGCUUCCCGUCUUUCUCCUGCCUCUCGCUGCUAA